GUUAAGGUCUCCUAUCAUGUCGGCUACAGAGGAUGACAAAGUAGUAACGAAGGAAUCUGUUGUCAAGGAGAGUGCCGCGGAUGAUGAAAAGACCAAGAAGAAUAAGUACCGUCGUGAUAAACCCUGGGAUCAUGAAGGAAUCGAUCACUGGAAAUAUGAAUCCUUCGCCAAAGAGGAUAACCCAUCAGGUCUCCUCGAGGAGAGCAGCUUCGCGACUCUCUUCCCCCAGUAUCGUGAGAACUACUUAAAGCAAGUAUGGCCUGAUGUUAAACAAGUGCUUGCUCCCUUCGAGAUCAAAGCCGAGCUCAACUUGGUCGAGGGUUCAAUGACAGUACGAACUACCCGAAAGACGUGGGACCCUUAUGCGAUCAUACGAGCUCGGGAUCUCAUCAAGCUCCUUGCACGAUCAGUUCCUCUCCCACAAGCAAAGAAGAUUAUGGAUGAUAACAUGUUCUGUGAUAUCAUUAAGACUGGCGGACUCGUUCGUAAUAAAGAGAAGUUUGUGAAACGCCGACAACGUUUGGUUGGGCCUAAUGGAAGUACACUGAAAGCCAUCGAACUGUUAACUCAGUGCUAUGUUCUGGUACAAGGACAAACUGUUGUUGCCAUGGGUACUCACAAAGCCUUGAAACAAGUCCGUCGGAUAGUUGAAGAUUGCUUCCACAAUGUUCACCCAGUAUAUCAUGUGAAGGAGUUGAUGAUUAAGAAGGAGCUCGAGAAGAAUGAGGAUCUCAAGGAUGAGAACUGGGAUCGAUUCCUACCACACUUCAAGAAUCGGAAUGUACAGCGUAAGAAGCAAAAGAAGAUUGCCAAGAAAUCUAAGGAGUUAUUCCCUCCUGAGCAAUUACCUCGCAAGGAGGAUAUUCAGAUCGAGACCGGUGAAUACUUCCUCUCGAAGGAUCAGAAACAUUCCAAUGAGAUGACCAAGAAACGCGAACAUCAGAAACAGGUAUCUGAACAGCGCAAGAGGGAACGGGAGGAGAUGUACUCCCAGCCUCCUCCAGAGAAGAUUCGAAAGAGCAAGCAAUAGACAAGCAGUUGAUAUGAUGUUUACUGCCUUGUCGGACGUCAUCAAGCUUUGACAUACGUUUCUACC